GGAUACAAAUGAAUGUUCAUUUAAAUUCUUGGCCUAUUUCUCUGUCAAUUUCCUCCCUAUCCUUUUCCUUAUUAAAAUAAUUCAAAAAGCAUACACAAAGCUUUAGGGAAAAAAAUUGCAUAUUUCUUGUUAUAUAGAGCUCCUCAUUGAUACAAUCUCCUAUUUCUUGGAGUCUUCUUGUCAUUUGCCACUGAUUCUUCUAUGAUAUUUUUAGGCAGACUUGUUAUAAAGCACGGGCCUUUCGAGUUCGUUCUUCGACUUUCUUUUCAUUUUUCUAGUUCGUGGUCUAAAGAUGAAUAGUCGACAGAUUGAUGUUCGGCAUGAAUUUGGAUCGGUCGAUGUUGAUGUUUCCUUCCGGUUUGAGUCGCCAAGUUAUUUAACCGAUCAUAAAGUUGGCAACGCCUCGUCGUGUUAUCAAAUGUUUAGACCUUUGGAUGAUUUUGAUUCAUCACAAGAAGAUGAUGCCAAUUAUCAACAUAGAGACACUUUGCAUUCCCUUGUGCAAUCUUCUUUUCAUGGUAAUCAAGUCCUUAACUUGCAGGGGAACUCCAUUAGAUCCCUCUUCGAGCAGCAUCAAAGCUCGACUCACUCCUUUUCAAGCAUCGAUAAAAAUUUCGAAAUUAUGAAGCCAGAUUGUUCCCGAGGGAUUACAACCAUUGUUCCAAACAAUGUUGUCUCACAAAAGCCAACCUUGAGAAAUCGAACGCGGAUUAGAUGGACUCAGGAUCUUCAUAAGAAAUUCAUCGACUGCGUAAAUCGACUUGGGGGUGCCAAAAAAGCAACACCUAAGGGGAUCCUGAAGCUAAUGAAUUGUGAAGGAUUGACAAUCGUUCAUGUUAAGAGCCAUUUACAGAAGUAUCGCUUUUCUCACUACAUAUCAGAAUCUAUAGAAGGGAAAGGUCGGAAACAGAUAUGCGCAGAUUCAACAACACAACUCGAUGCAGAAACGGGGAGGCAAAUAGUAGAAGCACUAAGGCUUCAGGUAGAUUUCCAAAGGCGCAUAUACGAGCAAUUGGAGUGUCAAAGAAAGUUGCAGACGCGGAUCGAAGAACAAGCGAAGCAACUUGAGACAAUGUUCGAACGCAAAGUGAAAACAACAUAAGAAUUAUGUUCGAGUGCAUCGCUGCGUAGACGGAUAGGUUGUAAAUUGUAAUGAUGAAUCAAUAUUUUUUUCUGUAAAGCCUUUAAAGGCAUUCUGAUGCAACAUAGAAAGUCUAUUCUAGGCGUAGGAGAAAUUAAAUCAAUUUUAUUAUUGCAUUUAU